CCCUCAACCCGCCCGGCAAGGCCCCCACGCGCGGCCCGUCCUGCCCCUCUGUGCCCCCGGGAGCGCUGGAGAGAAAGCGGCGAUGGAGCCGGGCAGGACCCAGAUACAGCUUGACCUGCGAUACACGGCAGAUCUUCUGGAGGUGCUGAAGACCAAUUACGGCAUCCCCGCCGCCUGCUUCUCUCACCCUCCCACCGCAGCCCAGCUCCUGAGAGCGCUGGGCCCUGUGGAACUUGCCCUCACCAGCAUCAUGACCUUGCUUGCCCUGGGCUCCAUCGCCAUCUUCCUGGAGGACGCCGUCUACCUGUACAGGAACACCCUUUGCCCCAUCAAGAGGCGGACCCUGCUCUGGAGUAGCUCUGCACCCACGGUGGUGUCUGUGUUCUGCUGCUUUGGUCUCUGGAUCCCUCGUUCCCUGGUGCUGGUGGAAAUGGCCAUAACCUCGUUUUAUGCCGUGUGCUUUUACCUGCUGAUGCUGGUCAUGGUGGAAGGCUUUGGGGGGAAGGAGGCCGUGCUGAGGACUCUGAAGGACACCCCGAUGAGGGUCCACACAGGCCCCUGCUGUUGCUGCUGUCCCUGCUGUCCACCGCUGCUGCUCACCAGGAGGAAGCUUCAGCUGCUGAUGUUGGGCCCUUUCCAAUAUGCCUUCUUGAAGAUAACGCUGACGCUGACGGGCCUGUUUCUCAUCCCCGACGGCAUCUACGACCCAGCAGACAUUUCUGAGGAGAGCACAGCUCUCUGGAUCAACACCUUCCUCGGCGUGUCCACGCUGUUGGCCCUCUGGACCCUGGGCAUCCUCUUCCGUCAAGCCAAGCUACACCUGGGUGAGCAGAACAUUGGAGCCAAGUUUGCUCUGUUCCAGGUUCUCCUCAUCCUGACUGCCCUGCAGCCCUCCAUUUUCUCAGUCUUGGCCAAUGGCGGACAGAUUGCUUGUUCACCUCCCUUUUCCUCUAAAAUCAGGUCUCAAGUGAUGAACUGCCACCUCCUCAUACUGGAGACUUUUCUAAUGACUGUGCUGACACGGACGUACUACCGGAGGAAAGACCGCAGGGCUGGGUAUGAAGCUUUCCCUUCUCCAGACCUGGACUUGACCCUCAAGGCCUAAGGUGGAUGGCCUGGGCAGUGAACGAGAUGCUGUACUCAUUAGAAUAAAGACUUCCUUACUGUCCCUCAACCUUGACCAAAUGGGGAAGCAUUCCCAUUGUCAGCACAGGCUGGCAGACUCCAUGUGACACGACAGAUGAAGGUGAACACUGUGUGGGAUAAAACUGUUUUGGAUCUUGCCUGGGGAAGGUGUUUUAAGUUUUGUAAUAAACAAGAUGAAGCCUGAAAAUGUGUAA